AUGUCACACACACCAAUUCAAUUGGUGUUGGAAGCACGCCUGGAACAAGCAGCCCAGUUGAAGAAGGUCGUCGAUGCCAUCAAAGACCUUGUUCAAGACUGCAACUUUGAUUGCAAUGACUCCGGCAUCGCCCUCCAAGCGAUGGACAACUCUCACGUCGCCUUGGUGUCCAUGGCCCUCAAGGCCGAGAUGUUCUCUCCUUUCCGUUGCGAUCGAAACAUUGCCCUCGGAAUCAACCUGAACGCCCUGACCAAGGUCCUGCGUGCGGCUCAAAAUGAAGAUAUCCUCACACUCAAAGCAGAGGACGCCCCCGAUGUUGUCAACCUGAUUUUCGAAAGCAGCGAGACAGACCGACUGAGCGAGUAUGAUAUCAAGUUGAUGGACAUUGAUCAAGAGCAUUUGGGAAUUCCCGAUACUGAAUACGCUGCCACCAUUGAGAUGCCAGCCGCCGAGUUCCAACGCAUCUGUCGCGAUCUGAUUGCCAUGUCGGAAUCAGUGUCGAUCGAGGCAAACAAGGAUGGUGUGCGAUUCCACUGCCAGGGUGAUAUCGGUAGCGGUAGCGUCACCGUGAGACAACACAACAAUGUCGAAGCUCCCGAGAAGAACGUGUCCAUCAACCUCUCCGAACCCGUGAGCCUGACCUUUUCGCUCAAAUACCUCGUCAACUUCUGCAAGGCCAGCGGACUGUCCAGCAGAGUCAAGCUCUGCCUGUCGUCUGAGGUUCCUCUACUUGUGGAAUAUUCCCUCUCUGGUAGCAGUUACCUGCGGUUCUACCUGGCGCCAAAGAUUGGAGACGAAGAGUGA